AAGUUAUUGGAAGAGAUUGAAACGGUUUUUGAAGAUGAUCCAUAUAGAGCAGUAACGAUGGAAGACCUAAAUAAAUUAAGAUAUUGUGAAGCAAUUAUUAAAGAAACGUCAAGAAUAAGACCUGCAGUUCCUAUGGUUUCAAGAUACCUUGAUCAACCUGAGGAAAUAGCGGGAUAUAAUUGGCCAUCAAACCUUUUCUUCAUCAUGUAUGUUCGUGGAAUUAAUAAUAAUCCACUUUAUUGGAAAGAUCCAGAAAAAUUUAAUCCAGAAAGAUUUUACAACACUAAUGCAGUGGAAAAUCAACAUAAAUUUGCGUUUUCAAUGUUUGGUGGAGGUUUAAGAAUGUGUUUAGGUAAAAACCUUGCAAUGAUGAAAUUAAAAAUAUUAUUAGUUUUACUUUAUAGAAAAUUUAAUGUAGAACUUGUAGAUAUGAAAGCACCUCUUGAUAUUAAAACUUCAACAUCUACUAUUUGCAAAA